GUGAAGCGCAGUGGUGAAACUCGGGCGCCGUCCGGCGUGGAAAUGUCACACAAACAUCGGUGUUUUCGAAACAACGCCUAAAGGAGAUGUUUUCACAGCACGUUUGCCCUCAAACGAUUUUAGUUGUGAUGAUUUGGGAAUAAGGUUGGCAAACAGAAAAAGUAGACUGCACCGUGGGACCAAGAAAGAGACUCAAAGAUGAGGCUCAGUCAUCACAACCUCAACACUUGAGCUCAUCCCCAUCAUGCGAGAGGUGAAAUAAACGUUACAAGCACCGGAGUUGAAGCUGAGAUGGAGGAGCAAUAUUCAGAAGAUGAAAGCCACAAACCGGCAUCACCCUGUGUGAUCUCACAGUUAGGAGAUGGCUGCCCUGUAAAGGAUCAAAGCCAUGACCGGAAGCCAAUGGAGAGGGAUUCCCCAGAGAGCCCUUCACCAAUAAAACGAUGGGAGAUAGGUCCGCUUCUACAGUCAUUCAAAUCCAAGAUGGCCAGCUUCACUGAGAUCGUCAUGAGCCCUGUUCGGCUUUUUAAGCCCAGUGACUCUUUGUCCUCAAUCGUACAUCCUGAACAGCAUGAACCAUUAAUAACUGAGUCAAAUGUUGAAAAUUCAACCCGGACAGAGGAGGGCGAGACAGAUGAAGAUAAAUGUAGAAAUGGAUUGUUUCCAAAACGGCCUUCUUCUGAAAAACUGCAGUGCCACACUGCUCCAAAACGCCACAGAGUUGCACAGAGACUGAAUUUUUGUACAAUUUCAACAAGUAACAACCACAAACCAGUAUUGGAUCAUAUUCAAAUGCACAACGAGGGUGCACCAAAUGAAGAAAAUCAGAUAGACUGUCCUUCAAGCCAGUCACAACAAGCCGUCCUUCAGGAUGUGACUCGUGUUGCCAGUCCUUGUAAAGCAUGGAGUCCUUUCUUCUGGUCUAGACCAAAUCUGUCCACAGACAAACCUUUAAAUUCUGCAAGUGCCAUGCAUGUGUCUAGUCAAGCAAAUGUUCCAGCGGAUGCCGUUGUUGUUCUGCAUCGGCUGUCAGGUGAGAGUCAGACCCCUAGCAGUGACACAGCCUGUGGACAUAGUCGUAAGUCCUGCUUUUUAGAAGAGGGAUCAAACUUGUUGAACCCAGAGUCAAACAAGAGCACAAACAAAACUUGCUUAAACAAGCCUGAUCCUGGAGCCUCCUUUUUUAGCACUUCCUCUUAUUUUGACUUGAUAGAUAAAGACACAAGCAUAGGUGGUUCGUUUGGCAACAAAGAAUCCUAUACACGGGUGGCCACCAGGAAAAGCCCUAGAAAGAUACAUCUGUCAUGGACGGCCGAGCCCACCUCCAGUGAAUUGGCCACUUUUGUGACAGGAUCAAAGCCUUUGGAUGUGGGUAUAAAGGAAUCACAGUCUGGAAACGUUAUGGAGCGGACGCACCACUCAGCUAAAGUAUCAGACCCUCCAAUGAGCACUACUGUUGGGGAAGUGAGGGCAAAGAGAAGCAGAGAAGCUCCUCGGUCAAAGAAAGACUUGCAGGCAAGGAAGAAAUGUGACACGCCGAAUGCUAAAAAAGGAAGAUGUGUGAGGAAUAAAAAAUUAAAAGACAAUGGCAUCACUCUGGAAAUAAACCAGGAGGAUGAAACCUAUAUUGAGGUUAGGAAAAAGAAGAAAGGGGUUUCUAUGAUCCACACGCACCUAGAUUUAGAUCUACCCAUCUGUAGUAGUAAUGCAGCAGAUGUUGAGAUGAGAAAUUCUGUAGAGACCUCAGAAGAAAUGGGACAGGACAAGACGAUGAGAAGUCGGUUGAGAAAAAAUGUAAAACGUAGGACCUUACUGACCCCUAGCAAUGAAGGUGAUUCCACUGAUGCAACAUCCUCUCAAAACUGCACACAAAAUUUCUCAAUUAACAAGUGUGUGCACAGCAAUGAUAUAAAUAUCAUGAAUGGUCAAUCAGAAUCUCCAGGAUUUCAGCACCCUACGCAGCCACAAGAGCCUGAGCAGACCAUUGAAGCUCGAAAAACAAGACGGCAUCCUAAAGGUUCAGGUGAUGCUUUGCAGAAGAGAAACCUUCGUCCACCCAAGCAUAAGUUUGAGGACUACAGGGUGACUUCAGUGGUUGAUCCAGCAGGACCAAGAAGUAAACCUUCAAAAAUAACAUUAGUGCACCGCCAACAGUCUAUUACUGUGUCUGAGGAGCAGGUGACAUCUCUUUCUGGUCUUGCAUCAAGAGAAGAAAUAAAGGAACGUUUGUCACCGGAUUCAACAGAUCCAGUGCAUUUAGAAAGAAAACUAAGCAGACCCAUGAAGAAUGUAAAACAACCAAGAAGAAAAGAUGUUUCCGUUGCAAAAAGAAAAGGAAGCAAGGAUGAAGCAGAAGCCGUUCCAGUAGUGUCGUUGUCAGGUAGCGGCUCCAACCGCCUCCUGCGCAGCUACUCCUGCCCUGAAAUCCCGUCCCUAGUAUCCAGUGACUGUCAUUUACCCUGGUCCCACACGCAUGACAACAGCACUACCUCACCCAGCAGAAAGAGCUCACCCACUCAACUUCCCAUCCACUAUCACUCUCCGUCCAAGCGCACUCGCCGACACACUGUCUGCAGUGUGGAGAUUGAGCGAGAAAUUGCCCCUUUGUGUCUUCGUAAAGAGGUGUACCCUGCUAGUCGGGGUGGCCCUUUGUGCCCCUCUUCCCCUUAUUCUCCUUCCACUUCUCUCACAGCCCUUGUCUCGUGUUUUUUGUCCAGUCCUUUAGCGUUCUUGUCUAAAAGCUCAAGCCAAGGGCGUAGUCAUGAUAGUGAUGCCAGCACUGGCAGCAUUUCAGCUGCCUCCAGUUUUGUUGCAUCAUCAUCGCCCUCCUUCAGUUCCCCCUUUACCACCCACACUUCCUGUCAUGCUUUAACCGGCCUCUCCUCUGUUGUCACUCCCAGCCCUGAGACACCUUCUGCCUCUGUGUCAUCACUCUGCAGUUCUUUGGAGGGAGACCAUGGAGUGCUUCAGAUGGAGUGUGAGGAGGCAAUAAAUGAAGAAGAGAGAUCCAACUUUGACCUUAAACUCUCUGCAGCCAUCUCAGAGGAGAAAGCAUUAUCAGAUUCUGAAAUCAAGACAGACAUAAAGGAUGGUCAAGGAGGAAAGGUGUCCUCUAUUCGUAUCCGUAAAAAGAUUCCAAAGCCCCAGAAUAAUCUCACCCCAAUGGGCCUUCCGAAGGUCAUCAGAAUAAAGAAGAAGGAUUUUAGCUUGGAGGAAAUCUAUACCAACAAAAACUUCAGCAAACCUCCUGAUGGACGUUUGGAAACCAUAUUUGAGGUGCCUCUUAACCGGCGAGAUGGCUCUCAGGCUGUCGUGGGACAAAAAAAGGUGAAGCGCUUUUUCGAAUUCCCUGAACUGGGUGUUACCAGGAAGCCCAAGAAACCUCUGGUGGGUGUAAUGGCGGGGGGUGGAGCCCAGAGGAAGGCAGGAGGGAACUCUGGGAUCUCUAGAACCAGACGAGGUGUCGGGGGCUCUUCCAAAGUGCAGGAUGGCCUUGCCUUGCAUGAACUGGAGUCACUCCUUUGCUCUAAGCUUGAGGAGCUGGACACCUGGAUGGCACUUCAGCAGAUAGCGGGCUGAAGCAGAGGUCUUGUUUGAUCUGUACCAAACAAUGAGCUUUGCGUGUAGAAAUUUACUGUAAAUUCAUUAAAGCAACAACAAAGCUGUAAAAUCUGUUUUUGAUCACUAGUGUACUGUAAAGAUCUUACAAAUACAUCACAUUCUUUAUAUAUUUUGCUAGGUAUUUUGUAAAUUGGUCUGAUAAACAAGAAACACCC